UUGCUUUGAGAGAUUCUGUGUGUCACACUGAAACAGCCCCAACUCCCAAAAGCUCCUCCGCCCACAUAAUCCGCCGCCGCCGCCUCAAUUAGCUAUCGGUGCUUUCUCUAUCUUCUCAUUUCAUCUCAUCUCGCAAAUUCCGCGACAACAAUGCUCGCAAAUUCCAAUUCCGCCGCCGCCGCAAAGCCGCAGCUAGUUUCCCGCGCCCGAUCCCUCUACGCCGCGCGCCGGCCAUGGAGCCUGCUCCUCGACGUCUCCUCUCUCUCCCUCCCCUACAGCUACGCCGAGGCCACGUCUCGAAUCCGCCACAAUUUGAACUACUUCCGCGUCAAUUACGCCCUAAUCGCCCUAAUCAUCCUCUUCUGCGGCCUCGUCUACCACCCGCUCUCCAUGAUCGUCUUCCUCGUGGUGUUCAUGGCCUGGCUGUGGCUCUACCUGUGCCGCGAGGAUCCGGUGAUCGCUCUAGGCAGAGUUGUGGAUGAUCGCGUGGUUCUGGUGGCGCUGGCGGUGGUGACUGUGGUGGCGCUGGCGUUGACUCACGUCGGAUUCAAUGUGCUCGUCGCGCUGAUUGUGGCGCUGGUGGUGUGCGCCGCCCACGCUGCCUUGAGAGGCACGGAGGAUUUGUUUUUGGACGAGAGCGACGCGGCGGAGGGCGGCCUGCUCUCGGUUGUGCGUUGAGCCCUAGAUUUUGAGCCAAUUUUAUUGUUCUAUGUAGUUUGUAUACCCUGUUCUACUUCCAUCCAAUUCAUAUUCAUAUCUUUCUUCUUU